CCGAGGCACAUAAAAUUUGAAAUGACCGUGCAAGAAAAGCGUGAAUCCAAAAACCAUUUCUACUCAAAAUUUGGAUUACCAGGAAUAAUAGGUGCUGUUGAUGGAACCCAUAUCCCAUAUGGUUAGGCCGGUAAAGGAUGAACCGGAAGCUAAAGCAUAGCAUCAAUGCAAUGGUGAUUUGUGAUCACAAGAUGUACAUAAGAGCUGUGAAUGGAGUCUAUGGUGGAGCGGCUCAUGAUUCUCAUGUAUGGAGCUUGUCAAACGAACGACAAUAUAUAAAAGCCCAAUACCAAAAUGGAGACAAAUCAUCUUGGAUAAUUGGUGAUUCUGGAUAUCCAUUAGAGCCAUGGCUCCUCACACCUUACCGUAACGCAGAAGAAAAUUCUCCAGAAAUGGUAUAUAAUGAAAGGUUUACCAAAGCGCGAUCGAUAAUAGAACGAGUGUUUGGAAUUUUAAAAGAUCGCUUUCGUUGCCUACUUCCUGAAAGAGAGCUUCAUUAUACACCCGAAAAAGUAGUAAAAAUUUUAAAUGCUUGUUGUGCACUGCAUAACAUUUGCCUUACAUAUAAUGUUGAACCACCAACUGUUAUUGAGAGCGAUGAAGAAGGCUCAAAUUUAGCUUUAUCGACCAACUCCGAUAUAGAAGAGAACGAUUUUUUACGUAUUGCACAAACAGUACGAGACCGAAUUAAAAAUAGCUUGGUUUCCUAA